AAAUCUCUCACGAAGCACGUAACAUCUUCUUUUUAGAAGACUGAUCCUCUGAACUUCUACACUUAUCAUGGGUGCACCAAUUAGAAUGGUCCUCCUGGGAAAAACCGGAUCUGGUAAAAGCAGCCUGGCCAACACAAUAUGCGGAGACCAGCUGUUCACCACCAACCACACGAUCAACUCUGAAACAAGCCACUGCAAAGCCAUCACCAGGUCCGUCAGUGGGAGAAACCUCACGGUCAUCGACACCCCGGGUUUCUUUGACACGGACCGGCCGGAGGAGGAGCUGGAGCCUGAGAUAGUGAGGUGCCUCGCAGAGUGCGCUCCUGGGCCCCAUGUGUUCCUCAUUGUGCUCAAGGUGGAGAAAUUCACAGAGCACGAGAAGGCCGUCAUCGAGAAAAUCUGCACGUGCUUCUCUGAGGACGCUCUUAAAUACGCCGUGGUGGUGUUCACUCAUGGCGACCAGCUGCCUGAUGGGACGCAGAUUGAGGAGUUAGUCGGGCGCAAUAAGCUUGUGAGUGAACUGGUGAAGAAGUGUGGCGGCCGCUGCCUCGUCCUGGACAACAAGCACUGGAACAAUAAGCAUCAGGACGAAUACAGGACCAACCCGUUCCAGAUGGAGAGCCUGCUUCAAACUAUUGACACGUUGGUGACGGAAAACGAGGGCAAAUGCUACACCAAUGACCUGCUGCAGGCGGCCGAGGAAGAAAUAAAAGAAGAGGAGGAGAACCUUCGACUGGUCUCAGGAAACCUGCCGGAUGCAGAGAUCAGAGAAAAGGCCAAGAGAAGUGUUGCUGAUAAACUCUUGAUCAGAUUUACGGGCCUUGGCGUUGGCGUUUUGUUAGGGGCGAUUUUUGGUGUGGUGUUCAUGGUUGGAGCAGUCCUUACUGUUUUACAGGAAUCUUCGAAGCCAGUAAAGCUGAGGAACGUGGUGGAAGUUGCAGCAUCAACAGGGAUGGCAUUAGGGGUAGGAGGAAAGGCAGUAGGGAGCUGUGUGGUACCAGCAGCGAUGUUUUUGAGUGUAACAGCAGCAUUUGCUGCAACGGGAGCUGUUAAAGGUGCUUUAACUGGAUACGACGUGGCUGAAGAAGCAGCGACUCCAAAGGAAGCUGCAUGGAAAACAGCAGAGGCUGUGAAGAAUGAGGCGCAGGUUUGCUUAGAUACGAUUAACCAGGGCUGGAACAAAGUUAUAGAAACAAAAUGUGAAAAUUUAGAGGAGGACUCUUCUAGAAAAAAGAAGACAUCUUGCUGUACUCUGAUGUAAAACCUUUACAAGCUUUACUGAAAUCAUCUUUACUGGCUGUGUGGAUUAUUCUGGUAAACAUUUUAAGUGUCUUCUGAACUUCCAACAUGAAUGAAUUUCUGCUGCAGGAGGAAAGUGGACAGGAGGGACGUCCAGUUAAACUGUCAUUAAUGGAAUCUAGUUAUACAUUGUCAAACUAAUUUGAUUGGAAUAAAGCAUAUAGAUGUGAUUGUUAAACCUGUUGUCAUUGGUUUAUUCUUCAGCCUGUAUGUUUAAUGUUUCCUGUA